UUCAGUGAGUCAAGAGUGUCAUCGGUUGUUUACUUGUAUCACAGUGUCUAGUUGAGACAGCAGUGUGUGUGUGACACAGCUGUGCAAAGCAGCUCCCCGAACAACGUGUUUUGUAUAUUCAGGUGUACGAUUGAUUUUUGUUUAAUUUUAAUAGUCGGUUAAAGAUUGUUUAUUAUUGACGGGCCUGUGUUGAAUGGCUUUCAGCGGGUUAGCUCUCAGCUAGCGCUAACCUUCUAGCGCUCCUCAAAUUCAAACGGUUCAGUUCGUUAAAAAGCACACAACAGCUCUGAAAAUGUCGUGUACGUGUGCAAUAGCAGCGAGAAAACUCAUAAAUUCAGCUCAUAAAGGAAUAUCCGGCUCCAGGGUUCAGUUACUGUCACUGAGCCGUCCAGGGACCCGUGAGGUUCGUCUGGCACGCCGCGUCCCUGUGAGAUCCUUCUCAGAGACGGCUGUGUAUUAUGCUUCGAAAGAUGGGGUAAAAGACGGAGAUGGUGGGAAGAAAUCUGUUGGUGAAGGAAGUGGAAAGAGAACCAGCUCUGGUAACUCUGGCAAAGGAGGAAGUCAGCUGAGGUGCCCCAAAUGUGGAGAUCCCUGCACACAUGUAGAAACAUUUGUUUCAUCAACACGGUUUGUGAAAUGUGAGAAAUGCCACCACUUCUUUGUGGUGCUUUCAGAGACGGACACUAAAAAGAGUCUGAGUAAAGACCCGGAGUCUGCGGCAGAAGCUGUCAAGUUGGCUUUCCAACAGAAACCUCCUCCACCACCCAAAAAGAUCUUUGCUUAUCUUGAUAAGUAUGUUGUGGGUCAGGACCAUGCUAAGAAGGUAUUGUCAGUGGCAGUGUACAAUCAUUAUAAGCGCAUCUACAACAACAUGCCGGCGGGCUCCAGGCAGCAGCAGGUGGAGGUGGAGAAACAGGCCUCGCUCACCCCUCGAGAGCUAGAGCUAAGACGGCGAGAGGACGAAUACAGGUUUACAAAGCUGCUUCAGAUCGCAGGGAUCAGUCCCCAUGGAAAUGCUCUGGGCGCCUCCAUGCAGCAGCAGCUGAACCAGCAGACUCCUCAAGAGAAGAGAGGAGGAGAAGUGCUGGACUCGACACACACCGACAUAAAGCUGGAGAAGAGCAACAUCGUACUGCUCGGACCCACUGGCUCCGGUAAAACACUUCUGGCCCAAACGCUUGCCAAAUGCCUGGAUGUCCCCUUUGCAAUCUGUGACUGCACCACGCUGACCCAGGCAGGGUAUGUGGGAGAAGACAUCGAGUCAGUCAUCGCAAAACUACUGCAGGACGCCAACUAUGUGAUCGAGAAAGCUCAGCAAGGUAUUGUGUUCCUGGACGAAGUGGACAAGAUCGGCAGUGUUCCCGGAAUCCAUCAGUUAAGGGACGUGGGAGGAGAGGGAGUGCAGCAGGGUUUACUGAAGCUUCUUGAAGGCACUAUUGUUAAUGUUCCAGAGAAGAACACCAGGAAGCUGAGAGGAGAAACGGUGCAGGUCGACACCACCAACAUCCUGUUUGUAGCAUCUGGAGCUUUUAAUGGACUUGACCGCAUCAUCAGCAGGAGAAAGAACGAGAAGUAUCUUGGGUUUGGCACACCGUCUAACAUGGGGAAAGGCAGAAGAGCGGCGGCAGCAGCUGAUCUGGCCAACACCACCGGUGGGGAAGUGGACGCUGUGGCUGAGAUCGAGGAGAAGGACCGGCUGCUGAAACACGUGGAGGCCAGAGACCUCAUUGAGUUCGGGAUGAUCCCUGAGUUUGUGGGUCGUCUCCCUGUUGUGGUUCCUCUGCACAGUCUGGAUGAGGAGACGCUGGUGCGGAUCCUCACAGAGCCACGCAACGCUGUCGUGCCUCAGUAUCAGGCUCUCUUCAGCAUGGACAAGUGUGAGCUCAACAUGACACCUGAUGCUCUGAGAGCGAUUGCCAGAUUGGCUCUGGAGCGUAAAACUGGAGCUCGUGGACUCCGAUCCAUAAUGGAAAAACUGCUGCUAGACCCCAUGUUCGAGGUGCCACAUUCAGACAUUGUGUCUGUGGACGUUAACAAGGACGUUGUGCAAGGAAAAGCACAGCCUCAGUACAUAAGAGCUGCAGCUAAAGAGUCCUCUGAGGAAGAGUAUGACUCAGGAAUCGAAGAGGAAAACUGGACGAGACAAGCCGAUGCCGCCAAGAACUAAAAACUACAGACUUCCCCCGAGUAAAAUCACCACAUUUUUUAGCUGAUUUCUCACCUCAGUAUCUCCUAAGGGUCCAUUUCUCACUGUAAGCUUGACUUGUGACGAUUUGUUUGAAAAACUCUCCCUUCACUUUAAGCAAACAAAACUUUAACCAAUCGUCCUCCCUAAAGAGAUUGCUAACAGUAUGUGAAGCGUCAAGAUCAUUUUAUUUUAUCGUAAGCGAUUUUAUUGGACUGUGAAGUGGGAAAGUACACUGUAAAAAGCAAUUAGUUGACUUUACUUGAAGUGAGUAAACCUAUAGUUUUUUUAUAAAGCAAUUGGUGGAUUUUACUUUAAAUCAGUGUUUCUCAACCAAGAUCCUGAAGGCCCACCAACACUGCAUGUUUUGGAUGUCUCCUUUGUCUGUCACACCCAUUACAGGUCUUUCGAUCUUUGCUAAAGACCUGAUAAGCUGAAUCAGGUGUGUUUAGUUAAGGAGACAUAGAAAUGUGCAGUGCUGGUGGUCUUCCAGGAACAUGGUUGAGAAACACUUCUUUAAAAAUAGAGUUGCCUUCAAUUUAUUCAAAAUUAAGUCAAAUCAACAAUUCCAAGCUAUUUAUAGGUAAAGCCAACUUUUUACAGUGUAAUAUAUUUAAAUAUAUGUUUGAUUUCCCUUUCCUUUCUCUUUGCCCUGUCUGGAAUAAAUCUACACAUUGAUGUCACACUGAUUAUGAAUUUAUUAUACUCUUAGCAGACACUGAUAGGAAUCUUUAUCAAAAUAUACUUCCACAAAGUCUCCCAAUGUGACCAUAGCAAAUCAAUUAUUGUAGCUGUGUGUAGUAAUUAGCAUCACUCUAAAAAUAUUAAUUUAAUGAACGUCUGUUUAUGAACUGACUUCCAAUUUGGCUUUUUAUUAUUAUUAUUAUUAAAGUGGGAUUUUUAUUAUUAACAUUUAAGCUGCUAAUGUAUUACUUUGAGGGCUGUUUUAGGACAUGGCUUUUUCAAUUUGAUUGAUAUGUUAUAAUAUAUUUUGGCCCUGCGAUGAAUGAUUUAUUUACAUCAAUUGCUGGUUAAACAACUCGUAAGGUGGCUUUUGGUCUCUUAUUUUAUUCUAUUAUUUUCAGAAACUGCAGUAAGUUACACAGUGAUCUGAGUUCCCGGUGUUGGUCAUUCUCAGUCUCUUAACAAAUGGAUUUGUUUCUUAUUGAAAUGCAUUGUUUGUUAUUGAAUAUACUCAUAUUAAGUGCAAAGUGGGAAGGGGUUACUUUGUUGUAUAAAAGAGUAGAAACGAUCUAUGUUUUCUUUUUUUUUUUUUUUUUGAUCCUCACACUUAAAGUCAAAGAAUAGAUGUACAAAACCAAUGUAUGUAGGAAUAAAAUGUAAAUAUUAUCACGGA